AUGUACUGGCUAAAGAUGUUUUUUCUUUUCUUUGAUGAUGAUUUGAUAAAUUUGAUUUUAGAUUUUUCUGUGAAAUACGCCCAACAAAACAACAGACAUGGAUUUUGUUUGUCAAAAGGAGAACUUCUGAACUUCCUAGGCAUUAUGCUGUUUUCUGGGUAUCACACCUUGCCGCAAGUUCCGCUCUAUUGGUCAAACGAGGAGGACAAGGGGAUAGACAUAGUGAAAAAGUGCAUGAGUCGGAAUAGAUUCCAAGCCAUAAAGCGAAACAUACAUUUAUCUGAUAAUAGUAAUUUAGAUAAAGAUGAUAAAUUUUCUAAGCUUCGUCCAUAUUUAGACGCUUGGGGCGUAUUUGCACACAAUUUAUCAAUUUACGAACAGAUGGUUCCUUAUUUCGGUAGGCAUUCUUGCAAAAUGUUUAUAAAAGGCAAGCCAGUUCGAUUUGGAUUCAAGCAGUGGUGUUUAUGUUCGUCAGAUGGAUAUUUAUUCUAUUCUAUUCCAUAUGCAGGAGCAAUCGCUAACAAAGAAAGGACGUCAUUGGGACUUGGUCGUGAAACCGUCAACAAUUUACUUGCCAACGUGGAUUAUCCUGCUAGACAUAGUAUUUUCUUUGACAACUUCUUUUCUUCAUAUCAACUCCUAGUUGACCUGAAGAACAAAGGUUUGUAUGCCACAGGAACUAUAAGAAGUAAUCGAACAGGACACUGUCCGCUAGUUGAACCAAAAAUCAUGUCCAAGCGAGAACGAGGAGCGUAUGAUUGCGCGUAUGACAAAAAUAACAAAAUUUCAAUGGUUCGUUGGAAUGAUAAUUCUAUAGUUACCAUUUGUAGCAAUGUAUACAGUGUUGAGCCUAUAAACCAAGUCCGCCGAUACAACAGGAAAGAAAAAAGAGAAAUUCAUGUACAGGAACCAAAUGUCAUUGCUAGGUACAAUCGCUGUAUGGGAGGUGUCGAUCUUCACGAUAAUGGCAUUGCAAACUACAGAAUUAGAGUCAUGGGAAACAUAUGGUGGUGGCCCAUAUUUUGUAAUUCAAUCGACAGUAUCAUCGUUAAUUGCUGGAAACUUUAUAAUUCCGUAUAUCAGAACAAAAUUUCCCAAUUGGAUUUCAAAUCCUACGUAGCCCUUCGUCUCAUGAAGACAGACAGGCUUGUUGAGGUUCGGUUUGAUGACUGUGGCCUUACUGUAACUCGUCACCCGAAUAAGGCACGAAGACGUUGCAGAGAAUGUCAUAGUCACACAGUGCACAUGUGCAAAAGGUGUAAAGUACAUUUACACGUAUCCUGCUUCGAAAAAUAUCAUCAGAAAUGGAUAUAUUUCUGUCGGCCAACAUCCCAAUGGUGCGUGAACGCAACACAAAAAAACAUGGAAGUUCUAUGUACUGGAUAA